UGCUGGUUUCACAACCUUUGCAGGAUUUACCACUCCCGUCCUCGAGUUUCCCUUCGUACCCUCUCCCUUCCACCAAUCGCGCGCAAACAAAGCCAAACAACCAACCUAUAGGGGGGAAAACUCAUCAACAUGGCGCAACCAGUUGCGAUGCCCGUGAUGCCCGUGAUUCCCCUGGGCAAGAACACCGUUUUGUUUCCAGGCUCUAUCAUCCGAAUACCCGUUCCCGCCAGCCGCUCUGAUAUACCUGCUCUGCUAUCCAAUAUUUACACGCGCGCCUCUAAGGCUUCGAGACGGGUUGACCAAAUCCCCGUCAUCUGUGUACCUCUGCUUUCGCCACUAUUGAAUCGCCGCGGCGAGCCACUCCCAGAGCAAAGUCCCAGCAAGUAUGACCAACUUACAAGUGUAGAUAAAAACAAUAUCAAAAAAGACCACUUAUUUGCGUAUGGAGUCUCUGGAAGAAUCACUGCGAUUCAAGGUCAAAAUGGCGCCGAGUUUAAUUUGCUAGUGCAGGGAGUGUCGCGCGUGACCAUUGAUCAAGUCACCCAAGAGCGCCCCUUCUUUGAGGCGAGGGUCACCCCCCAUUCGGAGCAGGUUAGCCCCCAAGACCUCAAGAGUCCCUUAUAUCAAGAGCUCUUCAACACUCUGAAGCGUCUCUCCGGGGAACUAGUAUCCUUUCUCCGCGUAUCCGCGUUUCUGCUCUCCCACGGUAAUCCAGGGCUGAACCCUCUCUUGUCGCGAAGACUGGAAAGGUUUAUUGCCGGAAAAGGCCCGAGCGAGGGAGCUUCUUUGGCUGAUUUCAUGAUGAAUGUGAUUGAGACCACUUACGAAGAGAAGCUCCAGGUGCUCGCUGCCGAGGACAUAACAGAACGUAUGAACAAGGUCAUCGAUCUACUCGACCGCCAAGUAGACGAGCUCAAAGGAAAUCUCAAAGUCACCACUGUCACUGGCACGGCCGUACCUGUCCGCAUCGACCCGGAGGACCUUGAUAAGAUUAGUCAGAAGAAACAAGUUAUUAUUAAACAACCACAAUCAGGUCUCAAAAUGAAUCCACCUAGCAUGUUUGGUGGUGGCUCACCAUUCAAUAUGUUUGGCGGCGGACCAGGUGACCAGGACCAGGACGAUUUACAGGAUCUUGAGAAGAAGAUUGAGGCUGCGAAGCUUCCACCUGAAGCCGCCAAGGUAGCCGAACGAGAAUUUAAGCGGAUUAAACAGAUGAACCCCGCUCAAGCCGAGUAUCAAGUUGUCAGGACGUACCUAGAAACGUUGGCUGAGGUACCAUGGUCCGUGGUUACAGACGAUCCUAUCAGUGUUAGCACGUUAGAGAAUGCGAGAAAGCAGCUUGAUAACGAUCAUUACGGAAUCGAGCAAGUGAAGAAGCGCCUACUUUCCUACCUCACCAUUGUUAGAUUGAUGCAAUCAGCGAACGAGGCUCUGGACCAGCAGAUCAAACAAGCCAAACAAGAGGUGGCUGAUCUGGAGUCCAGCAAGAAUGCGGCAAAGGAGGGCGCAGUCGUUGACCCCGAGCUAGAGGCAAAGAUGAAAGCCAACGAUCUCAAGGUCCAGAUGCUGGUGAACAAGCGACGGGUGGAGAAGGCCCCUAUCCUGCUCUUGGUCGGGCCGCCCGGUGUGGGCAAGACUAGUAUCGCUCGAUCUAUUGCUACAGCUCUUGGACGAAAGUUCCACCGCAUCUCGCUUGGCGGCGUUAGAGACGAGGCGGAGAUACGUGGACACCGUCGGACGUACGUUGCGGCGAUGCCUGGUUUGAUUGUGCAAGGCCUGAGGAAAGUAGGAGUGGCGAAUCCCGUCUUCUUGUUGGACGAGAUAGACAAACUGGGCAUGUCUAACCAUAACGGUGACCCCUCUGCUGCGAUGCUUGAGGUGCUUGACCCCGAACAGAACAACUCAUUCCACGAUCAUUACAUCAAUACCCCUAUCGAUCUAAGCAAGGUUCUCUUCAUUGCCACAGCCAAUACUCUCGACACAAUACCCGGCCCGUUGCUGGAUCGCAUGGAAACCUUGGAGUUCUCCGGCUACACCACGCAUGAGAAGCGACAUAUCGCAUUGCAACACCUCGUGCCUAAGCAGAUUAGGGUUAACGGGCUCUCGGAGGGUCAAGUACGAUUCAGUGAGGAAGUGAUUUCCAAGAUCAUCGAGUCAUAUACUCGUGAAUCAGGAGUUCGUGGCCUGGAGCGCGAGAUUGGUUCUGUCUGCCGCGCGAAGGCCGUGGAGUUUGUGGAAGCCAACGACCUUGGCCACCCAGAGACAUACCGAGCAGACAUCACCAUGGAAGAUCUGGAGUCUAUCCUAGGUAUUGAGAAGUUUGAAGAUGAAAUUGCCGAGAAAACUGUCCGGCCUGGGAUAGUGACUGGUCUCGUUGCUUACAGCUCAGGGGGCUACGGAGGCAUUCUCUUCAUCGAAGUUCUCGACAUGCCUGGCGAUGGAAGUGUUGAGCUUACGGGCAAUCUCGGAGAUGUCCUCAAGGAAAGCGUGAAGGUGGCGAGGAGUUGGGUGCGACAUUUUGCUUACGAUCUAGGCUUAACCCAGGAUGCUACGGAAAACGUGAUGCAAAAACGCAGUCUCCACAUACAUUGCCCGUCUGGGGCCGUGCCCAAGGAUGGCCCUUCUAGUGGAAUGGCUCAAGCCAUUGCUCUCAUAUCGCUCCUUUCCGGGCGGCCUGUGCCUCCAACCAUGGCUAUGACUGGUGAAUUUCAACUCUCCGGUCAUGUGAAGAGAGUUGGGGGGAUAAAAGAGAAGUUGAUUGGAGCAUACCGAGCUGGCGUCAAGACGGUCCUGCUCCCCGCCCAGAACGAGAAGGAUACGAAAGAUGUGCCGGCGGAAGUGAGAAAUGGGCUGAACAUCAUCUACGUCAGGUAUUUCUAUAGUCAUAUUUGGGAAGCCAUCCACCAUAUCUGGCCUGACGUGCAGUGGCCGCACGACAGCAACUCCCCGCCAGUUCAAUCUCGCUUAUAGUCGUUUAUCAUUUUGUUUUAGGGGUUGUUUUUGAUGUUGUUGAUGUUGUUGUUGUUGUAUAGAUAGGUAUACCUUUACAACAGUUGUAGUAGCAUUCUAGCAUGUGCGGCAUGGGUAAAAGGCGUUCGUUUGGGGAUCAUAAAUUUGUUUAAUCCAUGGAGUGGGGACUCAACUCAUCUCAUAGAAGCAUUUGAAUAUUUUAGCUAGCCAGCCAUGGCUACCUAAUAGAAACAUCGUCAUCUGCAAAGUUGCAAAUCUUACAGAUACUUGAUCUAAGUUCCACGACCUAAGCGCAAGUCCCCUUCAUUACCCAAAGUACAGAUAGAUGGGUUCCUUGGUGCUGGUUUUUGACCCUACAUA